AGAGAGAGACAGAGAGACAGAGACAGAGACAGAGACAGAGAGACAGAGACAGAGACAGAGACAGAGACAGAGACAGAGUGAGAGAGAGAGAGAGAGCCUUGCAAGACAGAGAGAUAUCAAGUCCCAGAGAGAUGGAUGUCAGUGAGAUGACUGAGAAGGUCAGGUCAGAACUGACCUGUUCCAUCUGUUUGGACCUCUUCACCCAGCCAGUGACCCUUGACUGCGGGCAUAGCUUCUGCAGAGAGUGUGUUCUUCGGAGCUGGCAGGAAGCCCAAGUCCCAUGGACAUGCCCACUGUGCAGGGCAAGCAGUCAGCCCAGAGCCUUAGAGCCCACCCAGGUCCUGGAGGCCCUGGCCUCCAGCAUGAGCAGGCAGCUGAGACUUCCCAGAGAUGUGGGUGGCCAGGCCAGGUGUGGCCAACACCAAGCCGUUCAGAAGCUGUUCUGUGAAGAUGAUUUCAGCCCACUCUGUGUCUCGUGCUUACUCCCUCAAGAACACGAAGGUCAUCGUGUGUAUCCCCUGGAAGAGUCUGCGGAGACCUGCAAGGCACAGCUGCAGGAAGCCCUUGGCCAGGCCUGGGAUAAGGCGAGAGAGGCUCACAUGUUGCUGGAGCAGGAGAGAGAAAGGAGGCUGAGGUGCCGGAGGGAGGCUGCCACUCUGAAGCGGGUCAUCUUGCCAGAAUAUAUCAAGACCCACCUUGUGUGGACAGAGGACCAACAACAGGAUCUCCUGGACAAGGAAAAGAGAAGGAAUGUGAAGAGAUUAUGGACCAGUGAGGCCAGAAUCUCCAAGUAUGUCCAAAGCCUCAGGAAGCUGAUUGAGGAGCUCGACAAGACUUUGGAGCAGCCCCUGGUGGAGAUGCUCCUGGCUGGGAGGAGCACUUUGGAAAGGAGUCGGGAGCUGCUGCUUCGGUGUCCAGAGCCUGCUGCCCUAAGCUGGACUCUGUGUGGAACCACUGGAAUGAGGGAGCUCCUACUGGCCUUCCAGAGCCACAUCCUUCUGGAUCCGGGAACAGCCCAUUCCUAUCUCAGCAUCUCUGGAGAUCUGAAGAGCGUGAGGCUUGCUAGCCAUUGGUGGGACCUUCUGGACAACCAGCAGGAAGAGGUGGAGCGUCUUGUUUGUGUGCUGGGUGCUCAGAGCUUCACCUCAGGGAGCCAUUAUUGGGAGGUGGAGGUAGGAAGCAAGACAGAGUGGGAAGUGGGCAUCUGUACAGGGCCAGGAAACAACCAGGGCAGCAUCCAUGGGGAUGUGCUCUCCCUCUCUUGCCUCAACAUGGGAGAACAAUUUGAACUGUGGAUCUCUCACACCAUGGAAGACCCUGAGGAUACAGGACCCCUGCACAGGCUGGGCAUUUUCCUCCAAUACGAAGGGGGACACCUGUCAUUUUACAAUGUGACCCAGGGCUGCCUGAUCUACGCCUUUCCCCCGGUCACCUUCCAAGGUCCUCUCAGGCCUUUCUUCUCCCUUGGCCUGCUGCAGGAGGAGAAUCAGCCCAUCCCUCUCACCAUCUGUCCACUGAGCCCUCAUCCCUGAGGGAGCUCAUGCCAUUCCACCUGGCCUAGGCUCUGGGGCUCCAUUCAGGGAGAGGAUCCAUCCUGUGCCGAAUUCCUUAGUGAAAAGCUCCAGGACCAGCGAGAGUGACACCAAGGGACUGCAACGGGAAAAGGAUGGACCACAGAGCUACCAGUGGAAAAGGAAAAACAAACAAAGAAAAAAAUAACAUAAAAAUAAUAGGAGCAGAGAUCUGGAGACCAAUUUUGGGAAUUGUAAGGGUGA